AUGGAAUACGACACCUCAACAGCAACCACCGCCACAGGCGCCCCCUCGGGCGCCGCCAUUGCCCACGGCACCACCGCCACCGACUCGUCCCGUGGCGGCGCUGUCCGCGUCGCCGGUCCCCCCACCGACACCUCGGUGCUGUCCCAGCCCCUCACCUUCCCCUUCUCCGGCAAGACGGCCCACAACCGGUUCCUCAAAGGGCCCAUGACGGAGCGCCUGUGCGCGUGGAACUCGCCCUCGGAGCCCAUCAGCGCCCGCGGCCGCCCCACGCCCGAGUACACGCACCUGUACCAGCGGUGGGGCGAGGGCGGCAUCGGCGUCAUCGUCUCCGGCAACACGAUGGUCAAGUACGACGCCGUGGAAGCGUUCGGGAACCCGAUUUUGUGCGAUGACCACGACGGCCGCGUCGCCGCGUUCCAGGAAGUGACUGCUGCGGCGAAGAAGCACGGCAGUCUGAUGGUCGCGCAGCUCAGCCAUCCGGGGCGGCAGGGCACUAAGUGGCUGAACCCCCACCCGGUGAGCGCCAGCGACGUGCAUCUGAAGAUCAAGUGGGCGGGCAACGAGUUCGCGCCGCCGCGGCCCAUGGAGGUGGCGGAGAUCAAGGAGAUGGUGCGCCUGUGGGGGGAGACGAGCUAUCUGUGCUGGAAGGCGGGCUUUGAUGGCGUGCAGGUCCACUGCGCCCACGGCUACCUGCUCGCGCAGUUCUUGAGUCCCAGCACCAAUCAGCGCACGGAUGAGUAUGGCGGGAAUCUCGCCAACCGGAGCAGGAUUGUCUUUGAGAUCAUCCAGGAGAUUGACCGGCGCGUGCGCCAGUACGAUCCGAGCUUCAUCGUCUGUGUCAAGCUGAACAGCGUGGAGUUUCAGGACAAGGGCACCACGCCCGAGGAGGCGCGAGAGCUGGCACUCAAGCUGGAAGAGGCGCGUGUGGAUUUUGUGGAUUUGAGUGGCGGCACGUUUGAGGCGCGCGCGUUUGAGCAUAAGAAGGAGAGUACGGUGAAGCGGGAGGCGUAUUUCAUCGAGUUCGCCGAACAGCUCCGCCCACUGCUGAAGAAGACCAAAGUCUACGUAACCGGGGGCCUGCGCACGGCGUCAGGGAUGGUCAAGGCCGUCGAGUCCGGGGCAUGUGAUGGCGUCGGCAUCGCGCGCCCCCUGGCGGCCGAGCCCUAUCUGUGCAAGGAGAUCUUGGAGGGCAAAGUCACCAGUGCGAUCGAGAACUUCAUGCCGCUGCCGCUCAACACGCAGAGUUCGGGCACGCAGCUGCAUCAGAUCGGGCGAGGGCAGGAAGGGAUCAGUGACUGGAGCGUGGAGGCCGAGGUCGAGAGGUGGAAGGAGGCGAAUGAAAUUGAGGCAAAGAGGAAGGAGAAGAUGUUGCCUGUGGUGGAUAGUAGUGGGUACGCGUGGAUAGAAGCGGUGGAUGGGUUCAGGUACUUGAAGACGUGA